AUGUUAGAAAGAAAGCAAGAACUUCAAGAGCUUAUUGAGUUCGAAGAACUCCAACACAAACAUUUGAAGGAGGAGGAACAGCAACGCAUAAUAGAACUAGAGUCGCAGAAAGCGAUGUUAGAUACAUUGAUCAGUAAAGAAAGAGAAAUGACAGCCAGAGAAAAGAAAUUAAAAGAAACUGAGAAAGAAGUUGAAGAAAAGUUACAGAAGCAUAAGCUUGCAGAAAGGCAAUUACAAAAGGAAGAUGUUAAAGUGAUACAUAUGGAGACUUUUGAAGAAAUAAUGACAAAACGGCAGGAAAAAUUGAAAAAGAGGGAAACAGAAUUAAAGCAGAAAGAACAGAUGUUGAGUAGAGUAGUAGAAGUGAUAGUUGGAAAUGAUGCGAAAAGAGAAACAAUAGUGCAGAAAAAAAACAGAAAUAGGUCACUUCUCCGGUUCUAG